UCAGGAUAUUGGAUGAGGUGAAAUUGGGAUGUGAUCCGUGAAAAAAGAAAGGGCAAAACAUGAUGAUUCUGAAAUGUUAUCGAACUAAAAGCUUCUUAUCAUCAGAUGGGACCAAUCAAGAGUGGCCUCUGGUUAGGUUCGUUCAUCUUCUCAUGCGUCUGUGCUCUUUUCCUAGUCCACUAUCAAAGAGCUCCAGAUAACAGCCAUUCACAAAAGCCCUAUCAGACAAACCCCGCACCUACAGACCCCGACCAGGGGGAGUUCUGGGGGGGGGGACGGGACAACAAGGAGGAGCAAAUGCUUCAUGGGAGUGUGAGAAUACAGGAAGGGACCGAAUGACAGACGAGGAGUAGGGAGGGGUGAGAAACUGAGAGAGAGAUUUCUGUGAACCUCCUGGAGGUAGGAGAUCACAUCAGAAGACAGAAUGCCAAGAACAGGGUCAUUUUGACGCACAUUCCCACGAAACGCAGGAGGAAUAAGUGCUGCCAUGAUAAUCAUUCCCAAAUGGGAUUAAUCUCAGCAUCAAAAGCUUCACAGACUUGUUCCUCAACCUAAAUCCACAACUUCAUGCUUUCUUCUCCGGUCUUGAGUGGAGUUCUGUUGGGCGAGAGGCAUCCAUGCACAUUCACUGAGCAGCAUGUUCCAUGAGGAGUACCAUGAGGAGAUGGACAGUGAGUAACAGUGUGUCUGCAUGCUGGUCGGUGUGUGUCGUUUAUCUUCUCGCCGUCUCCGUGACCUUCGCGUCCAGCGUCACCUGCCGCAGCGCAUGUCCCGUGCAUCGGGCGCUCAGGGUCGCCAACUCCUCAUCCGCCUCCGCCCCUGCAUCCACCUCCACCUCCGGCCGGCAUGUGCGCAGCUACGUGCACCUCCAGGGAGACGUGCGCCAGAGGAAACUCUUCUCCUUCCAGAAGUUCUUCCUUAGGAUCGGGAGAGACGGGAGAGUCAACGGCACCAAGACCAAAGACGAUCCCUGCAGUAUUCUCGAGAUCACAUCAGUGGAUGUUGGGAUCGUUGCCAUCAGAGGAAUCAGCAGUAACCUUUACCUGGCUAUCAGUAAGAAGGGAGAACUGUAUGGAGCCAGAAAUUAUGGUUUAAACUGCCGUCUGAAGGAGCGCAUUGAGGAGAAUGGGUAUAACACAUACGCAUCCGCUGAAUGGAGGAACAAGAAGCGCCAGAUGUUUGUAGGUCUGAGCGCUCAUGGAAGGCCUCUGCGCGGGAGAAAAACCCGCAGGAAGAACACCGCUACACACUUCUUACCCAUACUGGUUUGACUUUCAUUCAUAAUGCUGAUGGGAUAGAGAGAGAUCGAGAGAAAGACUGAACACAUGCGACUCUCUCUAGCGGCUCCGCUCCUUUGAGCUCUUUGAUUCAUGGCACUAGAUGAAAUGUUAUCCUCAUGCUGGUCGACAUUAAAUAGUAAACAUGCUCAAAAGAGCAAAGUUUAUGAAUACAAGCUUUUAUUUCCAUUGUACAUCAUUCCAAUAAUCUAAGACUAGGGAUUAUGUGUGCAAGAGUUUUCUCUUUAAUAGGAUCAUGUGCGUAAGAACAUCUGCUUUCAUUUUUUUCUGAUGGAUAUGAUUAUCUUGUAGAGGCUCUGAAGCUUAAUGCAUCACACAGAGAAAGAGAGAGUGAGGAUGUAUAUGGCAAAUUUGUAUCUUCUGAAAACUGUUUUGGACUGCUUUGAAAUAAAUAAGUUAUUUAUUUGUAUUGUAUUUAAAUAAAAUACUCUAAAAAACAUUUAAAGCAUAUUAAAUGGAUAACCUCUAAUCCUGUGAAAUAAAGUAUAUUUUGUUAUCCUCCUGCAAA